UCGACACAGUCGUUUGUUUUACUUUUCCGUUUUCUCUAUGGAUUCCUCUGUUGAGGAAACAAAUUACGAAUCGAAAUCGAAACCUAGAAAGGACAAAACGACGUCGAAUCGGUGGAUAACGGAAACAGAAAACGGUGACGGCGAAGAGGAGUGUGACGUGGAAGCAUGGGAGACGUUGAGCAAGGGUUUCAAGGAAGCGCAAACGGCGUUAGAUCAGAACCGGUUGUUGAUUCAACAGGUGAACGACAAUCAUCAGUCGAAGAUUCCGGAUAAUUUGGUGAAGAAUGUGAAAUUGAUUCAGGAAAUUAAUGGGAAUAUUUCAAAGGUGAGUGAUGUUUACUCGAAUCUGUCGGUUAAUUUCUCGAAGCUGGUUCAGCAGCGACGGGUCAAGAGUAAAAAUGAUAAGAUGGAGAUUGCGGACUCGUGACGUGUAUUACGAUUAAUAAAUUCGGUCGGUCGGGUCGGGUUUUAAUAAAGGUUUUGUGUUUGUGUUGGUCUUUUAAUAAAGUCAGCUGUGUGAGUGUCUAUUUGUUGUUUGUUUGUUGUUAUUGGUGGUGUCUAGAAAUAAUGUUGAAUGAUCAAUUGGUGUGAGUUUGUUAUGGUAGAUUGAUUGAUGCUA